AUGUGUUUCUUCAUCAACACCAUGCUUUUGUUACUAGUUCUAGACCUGGUUGCAUCAAGUGACCCUCAAGACAGACCCGCUGCUUCAUCUGAAGGUCUGUCUGGAUCAUCAAAUACACCGGAUAAACAGAGCUCUACUCGUGUUGCUUCGAAUAUUAUAACUGGUGUUUCCAGUAAUGCCUUGCCAACAUCACCACCACAAGAUACUACUCCUAGUAGUGUUACAAUUGUAGUUACCACAGUAACCAAGACUGACAUUACCUUAGUUUCUACAGUGACUUAUUCCAAUGGUUAUCCUCAAUCAACUAGCAAUACCCAACCAGGAAACAAUCAACAAGUUUCUAACAGCUCAGCAGAUUCCAAAGGACCUUCGGAUCCCGACUAUCUUGCUGUUGAUCUGAAUUCUACACCUGAAAGUGGAAAUUCAAAUGGUGCUUCUAAUUCAUCUGGUUAUUCAAACAAUGACAACUCUGGAAGUCAAGAUUUCAAAACCCCUUCUGCUGGUCCCGACUCUGUUGUUCCAAACAAUAUCAACUCAGGAAAUGAACAAAACCAAGGAUCUAGUAGUGUGGGUGGUGGUGCUACUAAUCCUGAUGAUGCAAACUCCACUUUGCCAGAAUUGCAAGAAGGCUAUAAAGAUUCUGCUACUGGUCUUAGAGCUAACACCUUUGUUGCUUGCUUAUUUUUUAUCUGUAUUAUUUUUGUUUAA